AUGAACACCUCUGGAAAUUUCUGUCUUAAGUGUGGUUGUGAGUUUUUGGAUAAAAAAAGAAAGAGGAAUAUUACUGGCGAAUUUGGAAAGAUUUACCAGGCUGUGUUCAAUGAAAAUUUAAGUGAAAAUGAUGCUCUGCCUCGUGCAGUUUGUGCAAGCUGCAAAUACCAAAUUGAAAAGGCAUGGCAACAGUCAAUAAAAGCAGAACAACAGUCAAUUCAAUACUUGUCAUCGUUAAAAAGAAAACAUGCCCAGUCUCCUUUGUCAUCAAGUUGUGGUGACGAGCAAACAGUGACCCGAAUAGAACGUAAGAGGAAAGGUCACAGACUUGUUUUUGAAGCCAACUGCCCUGAACAAAUGUCGGUAACAGCAAAUACACAUCCAGCAAAAGAAUGUGCAUAUAUUCUACCAAAGUUACUCACACCAUCUGCAGCAUUGGCUCAUGCAUGUGUCAGUGAACAGCCAUCAAUCAUACGUCAAGUCAGAGAAGUACAUAAUGUUGCUACGCAGACUCCAAAAUCAAGCUGUCAUUGCCAGCCAAGUGCAAAAAAAGGUACAUUUGUUAAGGUAAGCAGCCAAUAUAAUAUUAUUUUUCCAGUAAUUAUCAGGACAGCUUGUCUACAAGAUCAGCUAAGUUACGUGUACUGAUCUUACUCACAUCAUGUCAUAUUAAUUUGGGGAAUGAAUUCAAAGAUACUAGUCUUGGUCCCCAAGUAAAAUGAAGGCUGCAGUGUAAUAAACCACUUGCGGAAAUUCUAGACAGGUUUGCACAUGUGGCAACUAAACAUGUAAGCACUCAGUCAUCUGUCCAGAUUAGUCUCCUUGUAACCACAGGGCAUAAGCAUAAUAAUAUUGAAAAACUGCCAAAUUUCAUUAUCAUUGGAAGCAAGUAUCAAUCUAAGCAGUAUGCCUUUAUUUAUGAAUGCAAUGAAUAAUGAUGUUGUUUUCUUUGUAAUGAUGUUGAUUCAGUUGUAAUUUUGUUCUUUAAUAUACAAUAAUUCUUAUGUUCUGAUCAAGGUGAUUGUGCACUUCAAAUCCAAAACUGUGUCAAGGGAAUUACCCAAAGAUCAAAGCACUCUGGGGAUAGCCCUUUGCUUAAAACGACCUGCUUAA